GCGUCGGUUUCCUCCUGCAGCCGAGCUGCAGCUGCUGCUGCUCUGGUGACGGUUGUCUUCUGCCAGUCCGGCUCAUCAAACAAUGAUAUCUAUGCUGUUCACGGCUCUAAUUAUUUCAUCGACGGGUAUAUCUGACACUUGGUUCUGAUUCUGCCCCGAACAGUCUCCUGGUUGCGAUGGCCACGGUAGUGAUGGAGCAGAUUGGUCGGCUUUUCAUCAACGCCCAGCAGCUGCGGCAGAUUCCUCAGCUGCUUGAGUCAGCCUUUCCCACCCUGCCCUGCACUGUGAAGAUUUCUGAUGUCCCCAGGGUGUUCCGCGAGCGCCACAUCCUCACAGGCUAUAGGCAGACGGACCAAAGCUGGCGGUACUACUUCCUCACCCUCUUCCAGAGGCACAAUGAAACCCUCAAUGUGUGGACCCAUCUGCUGGCAGCCCUCAUCAUCCUCGUCAAGUGCCAGGAGAUCUCAGAAACGGUGGAUUUUCUGCGUGACCCUCACGCCCAGCCCCUCUUCAUCGUUCUUCUGGCAGCCUUUACCUACCUCUCCUUUAGUGCUCUUGCCCACCUCCUCUCUUCCAAGUCAGAGCUCUCAUACUACACCUUCUACUUCCUCGACUAUGUCGGGGUGUCCGUCUACCAAUACGGGAGUGCUCUGGCACACUACUAUUACGCAAUAGAGAAGGAGUGGCACAGUUCAGUGCAGGGCUUCUUCCUGCACACUGCUGCAUUUUUGGCUUGGCUUACGUGCUUCGGGUGCUGCUACGGCAAAUACGCAAGGCAUGACCUGCCCAAGUUUGCCCACAAGCUCCUCCAAGUGGUACCCUCAGCCUUGGCUUACUGCUUAGACAUCAGCCCCGUGGUCCACCGCAUCUACAGCUGCUACUGGGAGGGCUGCUCUGACCCAAUAGUGUCAUACCACGUCUACCAUGUGAUCUUCUUCCUAAUCAGCGCCUAUUUCUUUUGCUGCCCACACCCAGAGAGUCUGCUCCCUGGGAAGUGUGACUUCUUUGGCCAGGGCCACCAGAUCUUCCACGUGCUGGUGGUGGUGUGCACCCUGAUUCAGAUUGAAGCACUGCGGACUGACUUUACAGAGCGCCGACCGCUCUACGAGCGCCUCCACGGAGACAUCGCCCAUGACGCUGUGGCGCUCUUCAUCUUCACCACCUGCUGCUGCGCUCUCACCGCAUUUUAUGUGCGUAACCGCGUGCGUGCCUCCCUCUAUGAAAAGAAGGAGUGAGGAUAGAGUUAAUCCAAAAGCAAGGAAGGUUAAAUUAUCUUAGUCUGUAGUGGUGGUUUUAAAAUAAUUAACAUGUUUUCGUCUAUGAGAAAUAUUGGUUUGUGACAGUGACUUCUGCUUAUUCCUUUUGCCAAACUACAGUGAAGUAACGUGACUGAGGAUGUGAUUUUGUGACUUACAAUUACAAAAGGGGAAACUUGGAUUGUGUCAGUAGCCAUGCUAAUUCUACUCAACUGUUUUACUUUAACAUGCAACAACUGUUAUUUUAUCCAGGUGAGCAGAUACAUUGAAAGGUGUUUUUAAAUGCCCUCUUAACUUUAUUCUGUAUAAGCUACCUGCCUUAAUCAGAUUGUAGCAUUGUAAGUUAUGCAAACAGUUCACUCAAAAUUUAUAGACUGGAAUCUAAUAAUUUCGAACUAAUAUCUUUUUCCUACAGAUUUAUACCCAGCCUUUUAGUAUCAAAGCAGGUAUAUUUGUCUUUAUUGAAUAGUUUUGACUUUUUAAACUGUGGUUCUAUAAAGUUAUUAAAAGUAAUGAUUCCCUUACAUGUUGUAGACAGAUGCUAUAUGAGCAAGAGUUUGUAGAAAAAUGAAUAAAUCUUCAGAGUGGUGGUAGGGUAACGGCUAGUCUGAUGGAAGGCCUCACAAUGAGACUGGUUUAAAAUUCUGAGACGAGGAAACUCCCCUGCAUUGUUUUUAAGUUUAAGCUAAAGGAACCUUCAUGGUGUGUAUGGAGGAAAAUAAUAUUGUAGAAGAGAAAAAGGCAAACACAACUUAGUGUAGCGGUUUUCAAUCCUGGUUCUCAAGACCCACUGUUCUUCAUGUUUACACGUGUCUCUGCUCCAGCACACCUGAAUUAAAUGAUGUGAUUAGUGAACGACUUAGUGAACGAUACAGAUAAAAAUGCAAACAAAAACGAUUUUCGAAACUGAAUCUCAAAAGGUGGAUCAGUCCUCUGUGAGUCAGUCAAGCAAGUAUUCUUGAAUCUGACGUUCAGUAUAGGCUCAGCAGCAGUGACAUAUGAUCCUGGGGGAGGAGUCGUCCAGAGGAACCGAUCAACCAAUCAGAGAAGGACUUCUGAAAAAUUGAAAGUAGAGCUGCACAAUAUCAGAAACGUUUGUAAUUGCUAUGCUGUUCCUAAAUAUAGAAUUAAUGAUUUUGUUUUUUAUGAUUAACCCGCAUUUUUCUAAAUCUUUUCGUACAUUUUCUUACUCACAAUGUCUCCACCACUUGUGAGCUUUAGCAUCUCAGCAGCUAAAUGUAUAAAUCAAGUAUGGGCAUAGAGGGCAGUAAAUGUCUUUCUAGCAGGUCAAAAAUAUUAUUGGAAUGCAGAAUUUUCAUGCAUGCAUAAUAAGCUACCAAAUACUGCAUACAAGCUAUCCUUUGUGAUUGCAAUAUUGUACACAUUGAUAUUGAAAGCAUGAAAUUAUUUCAUAAAUUGUGCAGUCCAAUGUUAGAGCUAUGUCAUGUUUUACAGCCAAUAAUAAAUGGAUAUGAUUUUUUUUUUUUUUCAUUCAGACAUCACAUAGACUUAUUUUCAAUAACAAAAAUGUCAAUAAUCUAUCACUUACUAAACUAUCUCUUGGCUGAGGCUGUGUCCACAUUUAACCACUUUGAAAAAGUUGUACAAACUAUACAGUAGGUUCAAAUUCAAGGUUUGACACCAUCAGUACAAACAAUAAUGAAAAUUCAAUUUUAAAUUAGUAAAAGAUCAUGCCAUUCUGAACCAUCUCUAUUCUUCUAUUCUGUCACAUUAUGAUGAACAGGUGCUGUUGGGAAUAAACUUCUGUGUAAUGACAACCUGUCAAAGUCACAUGCUUAUAUUUUGAGAAUCCAGGGCUGCUAUCUCUGGGAGUAAGUUAUUUUGACUAAACCUUCGGUUCUAUGCAGAUAUUUUGAAAAUAUCUGGAGAAAAGCAGUUAAAGGAAUGGUUAAAGUUCACAUUCAAACACGGUUACAGGAACUUUUACAGCAAAUAACUUUACAGAACCUCUGCUAAAAAUGUAAAACUAUCCACUUAGUUUAUCCUGGCUAUGACAAUGCCUGGCAAGAACUGUGAGCAUAUUUGAGGAAACUUUAGAAAUCUGUCUGAAAACCACAUUUUGUAUUUAUAUAAGCCGAGAUAUUUAUUUGGCGAACAUCUUUUAAAAAUGAGUCUGGUACUCUUUAUUGGUUCACUGAUGGAUCACUGAAGUAUUUUUCGUUGUAACAAAUACAAUUCAUGUUGCUUUCGACCUAAGGGCUGAAACGUCAGCAUUCGCCUCACAUCCCAUGAUGUCAGUACUUUGCGUGCAUGUUUUUAAUUACAGUGACAGCGAGAAACAAUGGAAUGGAAUGUUCAGGUUUUAAAGACAUUUUUUUGUAUUGUUUUGGUCUUUUUUUAUGUGCCUCUACGCAUGUCCUUUGGUACAUACUGUGGAUGUUUAGUGCGUGAAUGUCAAUGAAAGCUUAGCCUUGCACUUUUUUCUUACCUUGUAAAUAAGUUAUAUUUCUCUCUAGGGAGCUACGUCUCAUUUUUACUACAUCUCACACAAUUCAGAACUGUUUUUGUUUUGUAAUGGAUUACAGUACAUUCAUAUUUCUGUCAGAUUUUAUUGGUACUAAUACAUUGUUUCAUACAGCGUUGUUACUCUGAAAAAGACAUUUAUUGUCCUCAGAGUCCUUGGUUGACUUUUUUUUUAUGAGACUGUCUCACAUGACUUUAUUGUAAAUGUCACUUGGAUUUUUAUCAUAAAAUCUCAAAUGUCAGAAAUGAUCAAUAUUCAUUACCUCGGUCUCUGUUCAUGACUGCAUUUAAUGUGCCAAUGAAUCUGUUAUUACUUCAGUGAUGAUGGUACUACUGAGAGAUGACUGAUCUGAAUUUUUUUGUCAUGGCCUGACUAUAAUGCUGUUACUGGUGAGGUGUAAGCAUAACAGUCCAAAAAUGUGAGUCACGUAAUGUUAAUUGUGGCAUUUAUAACUCGGUCUCUUUAUGCACUGCCUGAAUCAACAUUGUACAUACUGUAACUGACAGUGCUGGCUAUGUUUACAAGCAUGAAAACUGUACCCGGUCCUUCUGGUUUUGCGUGGGUUCUCUGAAAUGAUGUAAUGUUAAAAUAAGCCUGGAGGAUAAAGACUGGAUUCAAGUUCAGUUGCUGUGAAGAAGUGAUCUGGGGGGCAACGGGAUUCAGGAUGUCUUUACACUGUCUAAUGUUUAACUGAAAGGUGUCACUAUAGGCAAAUGAUUUCCAGUUGGAAAAUGAUGUCUGUAAACAUCUCACCAGCCCUUCUUGUAUAGUAACAUAAGGACCAAAGCAGUGAUUAGGCAUUAACCUUUAUGUCCUCUGUGAAUUAUUAAAAAGGAGAGGGAACAGCUACAGAGCUCAUAACAGCAUAGAUAAUCUCAUAGAUUAUCUGAGUUGCAUAGUAAUAAAACGUGACAGGGAUUCUUAAUAAAAUAUGGAGUAUUCUUUGUUUGUCUGUGUGUAAACAUAGCCUCAGAUGGCACCUUAAGUUUCUCUUUAAUUCCUUUCAGAAAAGUAAGGUCAGAGGGAUCAGAAUGGUUUCUGACUCUAACAAUAUCUGUAACUGACUGUACUAAUAUUCUGUGCUAUUUAAGAAAAUAAAGUGUUACUGUAACUUAAA